AUGCAAUUGGAAUUUUGUAUUUAUGAUGAUAAUGAAAAGAUAGUCAAGAAAAUGGUACAAGAUACGGGUAAAACUCUUCCGGAAUUGACCGAAGCUGUAGAUAUUUUUCGCGUGAAAAUCAAUAAUUUCUUUACAAAUGAAAUAUGUACAAAUAAAACAAGUAACGAAGAUUUAUGUCUUGAUUCAGAGAGUGAAUUUUCUGAUAAAGAAGAUGAAAAUGUUAACCCUAAAAAACAAAGAAUUGAAACUGAGUAA